AUGGUCAUUUUGAAUGAAAUCUGUUUGGUGUUUAUUUCAGCUGAAGUAAUACUGUACAAUCAUCACUGCUACAAAUUUAUCAGUGUUCCUACAACGUGGAACAACGCGAAGGCAAUGUGCGAGAGUUUCUCUUCACAGUUAAUUACGAUAAACACUCCAGAAGAGCUAGCUUACUUCACUACCAUCGCAUCAACUUUCAAUCCAUUCCUAUCACCAUGGACAGGGAUGAACGACAUUGCAGAGGAAGGACAUCCAGUAUGGCUGACCCGGGCACAACCACUUUACAACGAAUUUACUGAUAAUGACGAUCCAGAGAAUAGAGAUUGUUUUCACAUCGACACGGAUGGUGAAAUGGGUUACAGAAGUUGCGAUGACGAGUUUGGAUACGUGUGUGAAGCUUCAAGUAUUAUCUAUCAAAGCUUUUACAUAUCUGAAAGACACAAAUCACCGGCAGCCGAACACGUGGUAAGGAGACUGUUGGCAGUGAGUUCUGGCGCAUGCUCAUUGGAAUGCGGUAGACUAGAAUCGUGUGCUUCAUUUUCGUUUAUCAGUUCUUCGAACGAGUGUAUAUUGAGCACUAGUACAGGUCAAAGUUCAGAAUUGGAUGAUGCAGAAGAUGCUGACUUUUAUGUCGUUACAUCAACUAAAGAGACAUGCAGACCAUUUACAUGAACUAGAAUAUCGCUUUAAAUCGCUUCCCUUGAAGCUUUUCGUUUUAAUAUUUCAAACGUUGGACGCAUAACUUUCGUAAAGUUAUCAAAACGUCUAUAAAUGAAUAAAUAACUUUAUUUGGCAUGCGUGACCGUCGUACGUUCUCUGCAAAACGUAUGCUACGUUCAGACUUGGAGAUGAGUUUUGGUCAAAUUGCGGUAAUGACUACUAGUGACGCCAUUGCUUUCUACGUUCUACACAAGCUAAAAAAAAACGGUCAAAUUUAAAUCUGAGACUGCCAUUUCCGGGCAUCUGAGGAGCAAAAGCCAUAAUAUUUCGAACCUCAGCCCCAACCCAUGUUGGGGCUGAGUUUGUCUACACCCUCAAUUUGCAAAAGGUCUGUCAUGCGCAACCUCCAUUUUAAAUAUCUGAAACCGCCACUGUGAAGAAUCCGGUUCUUUUUUGGUCCAAUAAAUGUACUAUGACGAUAACGAUCAACG